CGUAUCAGACUACGUAUUUGCUGCCGCCACCGCUACUUGCCAGUGAAAUCAGUAGUGCCGUUUGACAGAUCGGCCUCUACUACUUCACUUUCCAAUUAAUUUCAUUUCUCGGUAGAUUGGAAUUCCAAGAAAGAGGAUUAAAAAAAGGAAGAAUUUCUUUUUCCUGAACGAUCGGAGAUCGUUGCCAGUAAAAAGGCCAAGAUCCAAGCAUCCCACCACACUUCCGUCAAAACUUUCUCUCUAAACGUCAAGCUCGUCAAAUCAAGUCAACACGACGGUUCUGCACGGAUUAUGCAUUAACUCGUCGAUCGGCGUCACAACGGAUACCUACUGACAAUAUCAAAAAAAUCCUGAACGAUUAAUAAUGUGGUCAUCCCGAAAGCAGAUGACAUGACACUUGUGCGCACAGCGAUGAAGAACUGCGAUAUUAAUCGCUGCGUGCCGUUUGCGAAAAUAAAAAAUGUUUGUCCGAGAUCCCUGUGGCAUUGUAUGCAUUAUCGUCACCUAUGUGGCGGUAUUCUACGCUGACUACGUUGUGGUACGAUGGAUCGUGUUACACACUAUGCAAGACAGCUUAUGGUGUCCGUUCCAUAUAAUAGCAUUUAAUACUGUUGUACUUCUUCUUUUGAUGGCACAUUUGAAAGCCGUCUGCAGUGAUCCGGGUAUAGUACCCUUACCACAAAGUAGAAUGGACUUUUCCGAUAUUCAUGUCUCUGGAGGCAGCGACGAUCAUGAGAGUGAUGAGAAGGACGAUUGGACAGUGUGUACUAGAUGUGAAACAUAUAGACCACCUAGAGCACAUCAUUGUAGAAUUUGUAAACGUUGUAUCAGAAAAAUGGAUCAUCAUUGUCCAUGGAUCAAUAACUGCGUCGGCGAGAGGAAUCAAAAGUACUUCAUACAGUUUCUAGUGUACGUUGGUGCAUUAGCUAUCUACGCUAUUAUUUUAGUCAUUACGUCCUGGAUUUAUGACUGCCCACAGUGCAAUAACGAUAUUGCAGUCAAACAAAAUCGCAUUUUACAUUGUGUAACAUUAGUUUUGGAGUCGGGAUUAUUUGGUAUGUUCGUCAUAGCGAUUCUAAUUGAUCAAUUCCAAGCGAUUCUAGGCGAUGAAACUGCCGUGGAGCGCGUCCAAGGUAUACAGCAACGCUAUCACAAAAAUACACCACGAACAUUUACGCUGUUGUCUCAAGUGUGUGGAAAGAGCCAUCCAAUAUUUUGGCUACUACCUUGCCACAAUCCGCCGCGUUACUCUUUUAGAAAGGACGCAUAUUUAAUCGAUCACGAAGUUUAAGAUCAUAUACGAAACGAGUGUAUUACAUACAAACGAGUGUCUGCACAUACACGAUAUUUUUUGUAUUAUUUUUUUAUAUUAUAUAUAACAGUGUAUUAGAGUAAUUCAUUCCUUGGAUUAGUACUUUAACAUGUACGAAUUAUUGACAUAACAUAGAUUUCAGAUUUGUAGCUAU